ACUUUGAAGCCUUUGAAGCAGGAGGAUCACGAGAUCUUGCAAAAAAAAUCUUACCCUACUUUAUGCCGGUUUUUUAAAUGAGAUUUUGUAAUCCUUUAUUACAUUAAGAUCAUAUUUUUAUCAGCAAAAUGCUGAGCACUUUGGAGCGAAACCUCCUUUUUGCUACAAAAUCAAAACAUAAAAUUAGCAGAACACUGUUGGCGCGUGCAGUAAACGCCGGAGAGUUAAAUUCUGCUGUUUCCUCGCCACAAAAUUUGAUCAAAAUUCCUGUGAGGACUUUUUGGUCUUUCAACAAAUUUCGACAAAUUUACCAGGAUUUUUGGAGACCUCCUCCACCAAAACCGCCUUAUUCGCAUAUUUGCCAAAUAGGGGAUCCUAUUUUGAGAGCUAAAGCCGGACAAGUAAAACUAGAAGAAAUUAAAUCAAAGGACAUUCAAAAUGUUAUUAAAACUAUGAAGAAAUCCAUGGCAGGCUACAAGGCUGUUGGACUAGCUGCCCCACAAGUCGGUAUUCCUCUGAGGAUAAUCACUUUCAAUUUUUCAGAAGACAUGCUUCAGACGAUAGACAAACAAAUGAUUAAAACCAAAGAAAUGGAAGUCAUCCCUUUUAAAGUUUUCAUCAAUCCUGAACUGAAAGUUGCCGAUACAAAAAAAGUGAAAUUUCCUGAAGCUUGCGAGAGCGUAAAAGGAUACUCUGCAGACGUCCCUCGAUUUUAUUCGGUAACAUUAACAGGUUUUGACGAGAGUGGCAAAAAGGUUGAGUGGAAUGCAAAAGGAUGGUCGGCAAGAAUAAUUCAGCACGAAAUGGACCAUUUGGACGGAAGACUGUACACGGACAUCAUGGUCAAAGAAACUUUUACUUUUGGAUACUGGCAUAAUGUGAAUAUUAGAUCAGGCCGAUUCAACUUGUCAUUUUCUCCCUUCAAAAUAUUUUCGUAGGUUUCGGUAAAAUUAAAUAAAAAAUAAUACUAAUAUUCAGCAAAAUAGAAUGGGAGAAAUUUAUUUUUUGCAGAAUGUCAGUGCACAAAAAUGUGAUUGAAUGAGAUACAAGGCAAACAUUCUGUAAUUAAUAGCAGUGAAAGGGAACAUUAAUUAAUUCUUAUAGAAAAAGCGCUUUUAAAUCUUUUUCUACUUCUUCGUUUUUGCCUCCCAGUCCAACCAACCACCAGCAUAGUGACGCACACUGCAUUAUUUAAAAAAUGUUAAUUUAAAAAUUUACUUAGAAAAAUAAAAGCUCACUUUGCAAAUCCAAUC